AUGAAGAAUCCUUCCUCUUCUCGCAACGCCACUUGCUCCGACUCUUCUUGUUGUUUCAUUACCACUGAAAUUUCCAAAAACGCAAUUCUAAAUUCAUUACAAGAUGAGGUACCGAGUGAUCGGAAAGAACCAUUCCAUUCUUUUAAUGAUCGUGAGGAGCAACAGCAACAACAAUCGAAAUUGAAUAAUUCAUCAUUGGAUGGAGCAUCUUCCACUAGCACGACAAUAAUUACUUCACCGAAACCGAUUACAGCUCCACCCAUGAACGAAAAAGGAAAGGAAUUUUGUUUAAUGUUAUUGGAUCGAUUAUUACAAGAACAUGAUUUAAAAAUUUUACAUUCAAAUUCCAAAUAUGAUUCUUCUAGUGUUAAGCAAACACGGAAUGAAGAUUCUGAUCGGAAUAUGGAUGAUCAUCAUUUGAACGACAAUAAGCUCAACACUUGUUGCUGUUGUGACAAGGAGAAGGAAAAUAAUUUUCCAGGUGUGAUGAAGCCAACAUCCAUUUCAAGAGAGCAUUGGCCUCAGUAUAUCACAAUUUGUGGCAUUGGAAGUUUAUUAUCGGAAAAAUCAGCGAAACGAACAUUUCCUGAACUACAUAAUUUUCGAAAAGCGAUUGUUAAGGGUUAUCUUCGAACCUUUAAUUUAGUUGCAAUUUCGAGUUUACCUUUUGGAGAUUUGGAAAAGAGAAAAGUGGCAUCGGUAGCGGCCGCUUCACACGAUGAAGUGAGUGACAUGGUUUGUCAGAAAAUUAUUGCAAAACAACAAGAACAUUAUAAAGAAAUUGGAAAUUCGAAUCAAAGGAAACAACAAAUUCAACGGCCACAAGAUAUUGAAAUGUAUUGUACAGCCUUUGAAGUUCCACUUUCGGAGGAGAUUUGGUGUGCAUUCAUGACAAGAGAGCAUCGAUAUCAACUAAAAUUUGUGACACUCGAUCAAGAAUUUAAGAAUGACACUUUUGUGCCAAGUUGUUCGUGUGCAAAUGGCUCAUGUGGAGGAGGCUCUGAAAAUAGCUGUCAAUGCUGUAACUGCUCAGUGACAUUUCAAAAUCACCUCGUGUCGUGUGGAUGCAAAGCAUUGAUCUGCUGUCAAUACAAUGACGAUCUUUACAAAACAGAGCGAUGCAUUACCUAUGAAAAUGAAUUUCAUGAAAGAGUUGCUCGGCAUUACAAUGGAAGAAUUUGGUAUCACACCAAAGAUGUGUACUUGGAAAGUCAACAAUGCACACAAGAAUGCAUGAUGACUUGUGAAACGACACUUGAAAAUUCAGACACAACACCCACCAAAAUAGCUCAAAUUCCAAUCAAACCCAUUUCAAAAUAUCUCGAACUAUGUUUCAAUGCAGCAUUAGAAUUGGGAACAGAUGUGUUACGAAAUUUCAUGUACACGAGCAUUCUUGCUGAUGGUCAAACCCUCAUGGAAGAUUAUGUGAAAAUUGAAGAACCAGAACUGUAUGAAAAGUAUUCAAAAUAUUACUUGUAA